CUAUGCCCAGGAAACUUACGGUGUGUAAUAAGUGGUUGCGUUUUACCCGCACCACCAACUCCUUUGCUUUGCCAGAGCCCCACGGUCGGUUGCGCCGAAUUCUUCAACCCUCACCCGACCCCACCCUACCACCCCUACCUUCCGCCACGCCGGUUUAUGUGCGCGCGUGUGUGAGUGAGUUUGUCCCUGCGUGUGCGCGUGUGAGUGAGAAGCUGGUGAGGCGCUCACGCUAAAAUUCCCACAAGCAGACGCCUCCUGUGCCGAAGUUCAUGCGCCGAGCUUUCCAACCUGUGGUCAUUCUCGACUCGACUGGCAGUCACGCGCUACUAGGUCAGUCUCGUCGUCGGCUCACUGGAGUGCCGGUGCAUGUCCUUCUUGGUGAAGCUUUUUGCUGUUUUGUGAAACUUUGUGCAACAGUUCGAUUGAAGUUGGUUGGCUACUGUUGUGGUUUAGUUGACGACGCUCUUGUAUUCACCACAUCGUGAUUUCUUGUUGUCUAAAUACUUUCAUCUUGGAACAAUUUCGUGUUUGGUUGCGAAUUUUUUUCGUGCUGUAGAUUUAACGCUUCUCGUUGCUCUCGUUGGGAAGUAAAUCAGGAAUAUCAUCUUCUGUCACAGCUUCUGAAAAUGGGCAACAGGAACCUCUAAGAAAGCAGGUUGGACUACCUGGCGUCACUGACAGCGGUGGUGGACUGUGACCAUGACUGGACCCAGUGGCGGGAGAUAAGACUCUCUUAGUCUCCCGUCUCCCUACAAAUCGCACUCUCCAACGCGCUCAGAUGUACAGAAAAAAAACUUUUAAAAUUUGUGUAGCUCUAUCCUUUUUACCAUUCUCUCAGCAACAGGCUAAAGCACACUAUAAACGUCAGCGUCAUGCCCCAUGAUGCUGAUUCUCUCUACAAGAACACUUCCAUACACCAAUUCGUGUGGGUUUGCACACGAACCGCCCCCCCCCCCCUCUUUCUCGGUGCGUGAUGUUAGAAACGCCAGUCACUGAACUUCAUCUCUGAACUAACAAAAACCUCAACAAAAGCCCUCUUACAGUGCAAUAUUCCAUUCGGUCAGCAAGACAAUAUUUCAAUAAUCUUAUCCUCUGACAUUUUACGAAAGUAUUUGUGUACAAAUAUUAUCACCACGUUCAUACACCAGUCUCCCCUCUAGUCUGGGGUUUUGUUUGCUGGUAAUCUCUAUCCUGAGAGAAUUCAAAUCCCUUCAGUAGAGACAAUCUAUUCCGGUCUGCUUCCAACAGCAUACGAAGUCAUAUAAUAAUUCAGAACAAAUUAAGCCUAUAUUUCCCUCUACGUCUUUUGUCUUUCUCUCAAGUCGACACGCACGUAACACGUCGCCGCUUUUGUGUUUUGACAAGAGCUACGUCAGCAUCCCCACCUCAAUUUGUACUCACUUUAAAAAUCUUCAGACUGUGGGCACGCAGUUAUCGUUCCUUCGAAUUGUGCGACGCUCACUACACCCUAUUCAGUGAGCCCAGGCUUCAGCGUUCGCUUUCCACACAUUCUGCUGUUGUGCUCAAUACUCCCAGCAACAGAGAUGGCCAAUCUAACAGACUACAUUCCUGGAAGCGGCCUUGACAACUUAACCCUGAACAGCACAGGUGAUUCCAGUACUCCCAAAUGGAGUUUCGAAUUUUCUGUGACUUUAGCAACCAUCAUGUCCAUCUCUGCUCUCGUCAACGUCGUAGGGAACUCCAUGGUGCUCACAGUUAUUAUACGUCACAGAGGUAUGCGCACUCGCACGAAUCUCUUCCUCGUGAACUUAGCAGUAGCGGAUUUAUUCGUAGGAGUCUUGGUCAUGCCCUUCUCCAUCAUCACCCUCAUCAAAGGCGCCUGGAUAUUUAACGACUUUGUCUGCAAGCUCAACGGCUUUUUGACGUGUUUAUGCCUGGUGACGUCGUUUCACACGCUCAUGUACAUAGGAAUACACAAGUACUUCUCUAUUGUACGCCCGCUUAGAAACCCCCUAAAGCUCAAAAUGAUUCUAGCGAUGAUGGCCGCCGCCUGGGUAUGGGCUAUUGUCUGCUCCAUUCUGGUCGUGGCGGGGCUGGUGGUGGAGUAUAAGAGGGGUACGUCGCAGUGCGGCCCAAAGUACCCCAACGAUCUACAGACCUUCGUCAUACACGGCAUUAUACAGAUCAGUGAUCUCAUAAUGCCCUUCCUAAUCCUGGUCUUCUGCUAUUCACGUAUGUUCUCCGCUAUCAAAGAGCAUUCCACCCGACUGAGGAACCACACCACUGUGGAGGAGGAUGUGAUCUUGUCUCAACAGAAGAAAGUGACCAUCACUAUGUUCAUCGUGCUGGCCUGCUUCAUCAUGAUGGCUUUUCCCUACUUUCUGUACGCCACGUAUGUCACCAUUAAAAAAGACAAGGACGGCUUCUCAAGUGUAAUCAAUCCUCUUGCAUACGCGUUUCUAUACCUCAACUCCAUGUGCAACCCAAUCAUCUACGCGUUCCGCUCUCCUGCUUUCCGGGAGGGAUACAAGGAGAUUCUCUGUCAGACCCCCAGCUACGUCAUCAGCGAUGAGAGUCCAAUCCAUGCAAUGCCGUGUCCACGAUUACCUGCGAGUCCAGACUCUGAGCAUCCCCAUCGGACAGGUCGCUUUUCCUCCAUCGUAGAGAAUUUGAGACGAGGAAGCAGCCUCAGCUCUGCUCGCCACAGCAUCACAAACUCUCUAAUGCUGGACCCGGACGCGGCUAGCCUGCCAGGGGGCCAACUGGGACAGAAGGAGAAGCAGCAAAAACGACGCCUGUCGAAGCAGAAGAGUUUGUUCGACCUCCUCCGCUCUACACGUCAGUCAAACGCCCAAAGUGUCGUGCAGAGGAACGGGGAUACCAUCAUCAUGAAAGGCGGCAAGAUUGUCUCUGUAAGACGGGGCGGGGAUGUGAAGGAGGGGAAUCCGUUUAUUAGCAAACUCAAGACGAUAAAGGACGCUGCAGCGGCGAAAAGUCACGGCCUCGCCGUGGGAUUGGCUGGUCCGGGACAGGUGAUGUUUGAGGUUUCUUACGAAGGCGUAGAAGAUAGUAAAGCCAUGGGUCAGAGGGACUCUAUGGAUACUGAGUCUCGUUGGAGUGACGAUGUGUUUAUGACGGAUCGUUGCAGUGCCGACAGAGGAGGAGCUGGUAGACAUGGCGUCUACAGCAAGGCUGAUAUGCAUUCUCGGACUCUCUAUAACAACGACGAAGGUUUUCACGAACUGGAUCCCAAAGCCAACAAAGAUGCAACAACAAAACAGCAAAAUCUCCCGUCGGGAUCGUCCGAGUUGAAAGUACAACAUCAAAAUAGUAACAACAACGUGAGUAAAAACCCUGGCUCCGAAUUCGGAACGAACUCAGCUCUUAACACGCGUUUAGACAGUUUGGGAUCAAGAUCAAACAUCUCAUCUCCCCGGAGAUCGUCGGUACCCAUCAUCGCCGUGAGCGACAUGGACGGAGAACUGUCACCAAGACCCUUGAGUCCUGACAGACACCCUCACCUGACUAAGUCCGACACAAACCUCUCCCCUACCAGAGCACCCAACGGUAUAUCCCUCACAAAUCCACGGUUUCCCGUAUCCCGAAGCUCAAACCAGAUCUUUAGGAAGCCUGUCUUUGCGCGGCUCCCAUCUCUAGAAUACUUGGACCCUCCUACACAGAUCAUCAAGUCAUUUAGCUCAGCUAGUCUCAGGCUGCUCAAAAGAAAGUCACCAGAUAAAGAAAUGUCGUCUGGAGCUGAGGAGACCGUUUAGCAGGAAAAGGAAAACCAGACAGGCUUAUAGAAGCUUUGUAACUGUUUAUAGCCUUGUUCCAAUUAAGCAGACAAUAUUAGCUACAUUUAUUUAACAUGGUCUCAAUCAGAUAAUAUUUCUGACAUGAUGGUGGCAGUGGCAGCCCUGGCCCCACUUUCUACAUGAAUGAUUAGGAUCCCUUUUGUAACUGUUUCAAUUUUUUUUCAUUGGGGAUUAUGUACAUACACAUGUAUUAUACAAAUAUUAAAGUUAAUGUACAUCGUU